UGUAGCUAAGUCCCAUGUGUGUGUGGUGUGUGUGUGCGAUGCUGUUUUUCUCUCUGCUGGGGUUUCCUUCUUCAGUCUAUUGUUUGAGACAGCAGAUAUAAGUUGCGAUGGGAGAGGAGCUGCGAUUUGGUGUGUAUCCCCCAUUUCCAAUUAUAGAUGGAUCAUUACAGACAGCGGAGUCCUGAGAAGGCAGACAUCUGCUCCUCACAUGAAUGCACUCACCUCCUAGAGAUCAGGCUGCCAGCAUGCUCUGGAAACUGGUGGAGAAUGUCAAAUACGAAGAUAUCUAUGAGGACCGGCACGAUGGCGUCCCAAGUCACAGCUCGAGACUCUCUCAGCUGGGCUCGGUGUCCCAAGGACCGUACUCCAGCGCCCCGCCGCUGUCCCACACCCCGUCCUCGGACUUCCAGCCACCCUACUUCCCGCCUCCUUACCAGCCGCUCCCCUACCACCAGAGUCAAGACCCGUACUCGCACGUCAACGACCCUUACUCCCUGAACCCUUUGCACCAGCCCCAGCAGCACCCUUGGGGCCAAAGGCAGCGGCAAGAAGUGGGUUCGGAAGCCGGUUCGCUGCUGCCCCAGCCCCGGGCGGCCUUGCCCCAGCUCUCGGGCCUCGACCCUCGGAGGGAUUACCACUCCGUGCGCCGGCCCGACGUGCUUCUACACUCGGCGCACCACGGCCUGGACGCGGGCAUGGGCGACAGCCUCUCCUUGCACGGCCUCGGUCACCCCGGCAUGGAAGACGUCCAGUCUGUUGAAGAUGCCAAUAACAGCGGCAUGAAUCUCUUGGACCAGUCUGUCAUUAAAAAAGUUCCAGUUCCUCCCAAAUCUGUGACUUCUCUAAUGAUGAAUAAAGAUGGCUUCUUGGGAGGCAUGUCAGUUAACACCGGUGAGGUAUUUUGCUCAGUCCCAGGCCGCUUGUCCCUGCUUAGUUCGACUUCAAAAUACAAAGUCACUGUGGGAGAAGUUCAGAGACGACUCUCACCGCCUGAAUGCCUCAAUGCAUCUCUCCUUGGCGGCGUCCUCAGAAGAGCCAAAUCGAAAAAUGGGGGGAGAUCUUUGCGAGAGAGGCUAGAAAAAAUCGGUUUGAAUUUACCCGCGGGCAGACGCAAAGCAGCAAAUGUCACGUUACUCACCUCCCUGGUGGAAGGAGAAGCAGUACACUUAGCUCGGGAUUUUGGGUACAUUUGUGAAACGGAGUUUCCGGCAAAAGCUGUGUCCGAGUACUUGAACAGGCAGCACACGGACCCCAGUGACCUACACUCCCGAAAGAACAUGCUGCUGGCCACCAAGCAACUUUGUAAAGAAUUCACGGAUCUGCUGGCGCAGGACCGGACGCCGAUUGGGAACAGCAGGCCCAGCCCCAUCCUGGAGCCCGGCAUCCAGAGCUGCCUCACGCAUUUCAGCCUCAUCACGCACGGCUUCGGCGCCCCGGCCAUUUGCGCGGCGCUCACGGCCCUGCAGAACUAUCUUACGGAGGCCCUCAAAGGCAUGGACAAGAUGUUCUUGAACACCGCCAGCACUAACAGGCACACGUCUGGGGAAGGCCCAGCUUUACCCGCUUGGUUUAUGAGCUUCUUCAAAGAAGACUUGGGCUUCCUACACAAUCUAUAAGGUACUGAGAAAAAAAAAUAAAAUAAAAUGAAAAAAGAACCUUUUUAAAUCAAAGCCGGUGUCAGAAUCCUGCAGUUGCUCUUCUUUAAAGAAGCUCAAAGGGAGUGACUUAGGAAGAGGCCACAGGGCGGAGGCAGUGGUGCCAACACACCUCAACCUGGGGUGCCAGCUAGGGGUUGGGGUGCGGCAUGAAAUUGAAGGGAAAAGGAGAAAGGUUUCUGGGAACCCUGCAUUAAACAGAGCUUGUCCUCACUUAAAAUGGAUUCCCUUUUCUUUCUUUCUUUUUCCUGAUCUCUUUGGUGACUGCUGUUUUAAUGGGAAAAAGAAGCAGUUUUGUGGGUGGAAUCAGGGAAGAAGAUUGCACAAAAUACUUCUGCAACAAUUUUUUUUCCUACACAAUGCUUUAUGAAUGUAGCAUUUCCUUUGUCAGACACAGACAUGCACCUGUUUUGGCAUAAAAAGGUUAAAAAAAUGCAAACUGACACAUGUAGUUCAAUUUUCAAUUCUGGUCUACAUAUAUUGGGGGGGGGGUAUUCCCAGCGGAUAAAUGUCAUGUGAUUACUAGUUCUCACUUCUCCCGACUUAGCUUCUUACUCAGAAUCUCUCUUAACGUUAUCACGAAAUAAAAUCUGGAAUCCAUGUUUUCAGCUUUCCCAAAGCAGUGAGAUUCCCCUGAGGUACAGAAUGGGUGAGGUAGGUCUUAAUUUAGUGUAGAUACCAACUUUGCUUUUCAACAAAGUAGGCAGGCCCUGUGCAGAAUCCGUGGAAGAGAAAGAUUCACAUGCUCUUCAUGAGGUACAGACAGGCACCUUACAAAUGGCUUGGACUCUGGGAUUUACAACCCUCCUCUCCACAGCCUGGGGCCAAGGGGAGGGGGUCAGGAUUUUAGGAACCUGCUCAGACGUCUCUUUUUAUCUUUUUUUUUUGGGGGGGGGUAUUUGCUAUGGAACUGGUUUUAGUUACCCUGAGAGUCCAAGCAACAGCUGACGUCACACUGCAUCUCAUCUUCUACUUCUCUUUCUGUAGCUCUGAAUGUGCUGAAAGGAAUACAAAGGACAAGGAAAGAGAUAUUUUGGACAGUGUAGAAAAAGCCUCUCUCCCCAGUUUAGAUGUUCACACUUUUGCCUGGACGCUUGCAUUAAAUUGUGUUCUGAUUGGCAAGGCCCGGAGAAACCACACUGAAAAACCAUCCUUUCCUUGCAGGGCAACGCGCCCCACGCGUGUGACCGCGAGAGACGCGAUGGAAGCGCCUUGCUCUUACUGUGCAGGUCCUGAGAACGUGUGGGCCACUCGGGCCCAGUCGUGGUUGAGGACAUAAAAUCAGCCGCUGCAGGGAUCGCCAGCCCUUCCAGCUCUCAGUCUCAUCUUAAGGGAUAAGGCAACCAAGAAAGCCCCUGUUCUCCACUAGGUAAAGGGGCGUCCUCCCCCGGGGACUGUAGGCGGGGAGGGAUCUCCACACUGAGCAAGCCUUUGGCUAUGCGUAAUCACCCAGGGGCAGGUUAUUCCCAGAGAGUGUACGGCCGUAAAGGGGUUUAGGAAGUCUUCUUCUCUUCCGCUAGGAUGGAAACUCUCCCCACCCUCACACUGCCUGAAAGCGUGCCUACAGAAUGGCAAGUGGCACAAUUGGCUAGGCUGGCUCCCUUCCUUGCCAGGUGCCCUAUUCUGUGCGUCCUUACCACGCUCCCCAAUCCGCCCUGCCUUGUAGACUGAGCCAGCUCUCCCCUCUCCCUCCCUCAUUUCAACUUUCACGUGAGACAGCCCCCUCCCCUCCCUUUGCUUUCGUUAGCUAGGCCCCUCUAAGUUUAUCUGAUAAUUGAGUUAUUAGAAGAUUUGGUUUCCUUGCAUUUAUAAAUCAAUAAACAGUAGGAUUAACGCAAGGAAGUUCGCCUUUUAAGUCAAGGGAAAACAGUGAAGGCAGAACCCUUUGAGCCUUGUUUUCAAACUAAACAGGUGAGUUGCAGCGUGGCCCUUUCCCUGGCACUCUUAAGACGUUUUAUCCAGGCUGGUGGACCCACUACUAAAUGCUCCUCAACAAAAAUAGCUAAGAUAGAAGUCAGGACCUGGCGGAAGCACUCAAACUUCGCAAGUUCCUUCACAGGACAGGAACUUAGGAAGACUGGUGUCCGGUCCUGGUCCUUCACUUCUAUUCUGCUCUCUGGGAGCCCGAAAAGGGCUUCUAUGAGGACUCUAUUCUGUGUGGUGUGGGGUCCUUUAGUUUUCUUCUCAACUCUAAAGUGACUUUCUUCUCUCCUCUUCCUUGAAUUAUCUUGCAUUUCCUUUCCCUUCUUGCUAAUCUCAGCAUUCUUAUUUUUGCCCAGCCCCACAUAACAAAUCUAAUAGGUUUUCAAACAAAACAAAACAAACACACACACAAAAAGCCCUCACUUUUGUUUUCAUUGGCUAAGGAAAUCACUUUCUCUUAAGAGAUUAUUUUCUACCCUCUGAAAAACUUUGGUUGAAUGGAAAACCUGAAACUCAAACUUAACUAAAACACUGUUCCUCUGGUAUGACGCGUUCCUAGUUAGUGUUUAUAGAAAAAUUUGUCAUCACAUCUGAUAUCCUGUACUCAUAAUCCAUUAUGUAGAAGGGAAAUAAUGACCUUAAGCCAUCUGACAUUGCCUCAAGAGCCAACCGUAUUUCCCCUCUUUUGCCGAUGUAUAUUAAAUUAUUGGAGUAUGUAAGGAGACAUAUUGAAAUUUUUUUUUUAAUGGAAUGAACACUAUCCUUCUUUAAAUGCCAAAACUGACUCCUCUUUUGAGUCGAUUUCUAAUUCACUAACAUUGUUUUGGACACUCAAUCAAGAACUAUCAACCUAUUGACUCUUCCUGAGAAGAGCUCUGGAGGGUAUCUGUGUUAAGUUUGUAUAUAUUUAUUUAUGCUUAAUUUAAUGGGAAUGUGUACAUAUGGCGAGCAAGUAGUUUGGGAUUAUUUAUCUGUGAAUCUAUACCUCUGUGAAUGGGUGGUUACAAAACCACUAGACCCUAGGUAGACUCCUAUCUGAGUUUUUCUGUUCUUUAUAGACAAGCUGUUAUGGUAUUGGGUAGAAAAUGGUUUAUUGUCCAGUGUUGACCUGAUUUACAUAAAUAAAAAGAUUGUUGUGUUUU